CGAAGUAGUCCUUCGAGCGCUCCGUGGAUGAGAAAUCGGAGCAACGUGUAGGACAAGGAAUCUCGACGAGCAGCACGGAAUUCGGCCUCGCGUUCGAGAUGGGCGGACCGCAGGAUGCUGCCCACGCCGAGGCACGUUUCGGCCUGCAGCCACUGGCGUGGUGCGAUCCUCGCAGAUGUCCCAGAAUCACACAGCGGCUGGAUCAUCGCUGCCGGCAGAAAUGUUCGACUGUUCGUGAAAGAGUUGGAACGUAAAGCUUGCAACAGUGUUGACAAAUGCAAGUCGGAAAGAGGAAGGUUACAAAUCGUUCAUAGCCCGAGAGGAAAAAGAAAUGACUACUGAAGAAAAAAUUGUUAAUUGCGUCUUAGCUAUGUACGUGCUGUUGACGACCAGUGAAAGAACCCACUCACGUUUCACUGUUAUUUGCU